AUGCCAAUCCUCAACGGCGAAAUGGCAACUGUCAUAGCAACUACCAUAAACUCCUCGCGAGCUGAAGAGCUUAGACUUGAUUCAGAGACCACGAGGCUCCUUUCUGACUACGAAAUCCAUCGUUCGAUUGCUUCGCCAGGCGACGACCCCGACGAAAAUUCUUCUUUAAUCACAGUUGCUGGCGGCGUCCGGCGGGAGCGCCAGCCGGGUGAUUUUGACCCCACGCUGGCUUCACAUCCGCCAGUACCUUAUCCAGUGUCAAACCCUGACUGGUGGGAUCGUAGCUAUCGACGCGUUCCUGAUUUUCGUCCAGUAAACAGAGAACUGGACUUAAGUGAUCGGCAACAAGGAGCAGUUUUCGCUUUUGUCGGUGCAAUCAUGGUGGGAGGAUGCUGGUUUCAAUCGGGGUGGUCUUACGUUUGGCGGAAUACUGCGGGCAGGAUCACCGAUAUUGGUAAAUCAAGAGUAGGGGGAGAGUGGUAG